AUGUCGAAUGUGGCGGUCUUGCGUCUCUCAUUUCUUCUGAUCUUACCUGUUUUCACUGCAGCUGCCCUAUCUCCUCCAUCCAAACAAUGGGAUCAUGCCGGCGAAUUUAUCUUGAAGGCACCCUCCAUUCCAACGGCUCCCUCUUUUCGCUCCAUCAUGUUCGAAGCCUCCACCUUGCAGGAAACAUGUUUGAUGGUUUUCUCCCUAUUCCACCAGUCACUGCUGAAGUAUAUUCUGCUGUCGGCAACAAAUUUACAGGAGAAAUCCCUUCCUCUUUCUAAUCAUUUACAAGGCAAGCUGCCACGAUCAUGGGCGAGUUGCAAACAGUUGGAAGUUUUAGAUCUCUGUGACAAUGAAUUGGAGGACUCAUUUCCGAGCUGGCUUGAAACACUCCCAAACUUGUACAUUCUCGUCUUAAGGGCCAACAAGCUCCACGGUCCAAUAACUAGUCCCAAAUUCAUUCAUCCGUUUCCAGUGCUGCAUAUCCUUGACAUCUCCAACAACAAUUUCAUUGGAACUUUUCCGAGCCAAUACAUUGCCAAUUUCAACUACAUGAUGGGUGGAGACAAAGGACAAGGGUUCCUAGAUCAUGGUACCAAGGGGUGGUCCGACCACCAGUCUACAACUGUGAUUUACAAGGGGGUGCAGAUGCAGUUGUCAUAUAUACGUGAAGCAUUAGUCGUCAUUGACCUAUCACAUAACCAUUUUCAAGGGGAGAUACCCAAUGUAACUGGGAAUCUACAAUCACUUACUGGGCUCAACUUUGGAGGUUUAAUCCCAACUUCUCUAGGAAAUUUGACACAUUUCGAGUGGCUUGACCUGUCCUCCAACAAUUUCACGGGAGAGAUCCCUGCAACAUUGACAAAUCUGACAUCACUGGCCAUCUUCGAUGUCUCCACAAACCUGCUCACAGGACAGAUUCCUCAAGGGAAACAAUUCAACACUUUCAGUAGUGAUUCUUUUGAAGGGAAUCCCAAUCUGUGCGGACCUCCCCUGCCAAAACCUUGUACAGAAAGCCAUCAGGAAGAGUUGCCAUCGGCCUCCCAGGAUGAAGAUGAUGCAGAGCGAUGGGUUGAAUGGAGAGCAGUGUUGAUGGGAUACGGAUGUGGAACUGAACCAUCGAGCCCUGUGGAUUUGACGAGGCAACGGAUGGUUGAUGUGGGUGGACUCUGCAUCAAGUGCGAGGAACAGAACAACACAGCGGUCCGACUUUUCAUGUUCAAGCCAGAAGGUCAUGCAUGCUAG